AUGCUGCGCUGCGUUUUCCUAGCUCUUUCGGUGGUUGGUGUGGUCAGUUCCGAUGCGGUGGGCCAGAAGAACCUCGCGGCAGCCCAAAGGGAUCUGGCACUCGGCGAGGGCAAGCAAUGGAACACCGCAACACCCGAAGAGGCACAAAAGCUGAUGGACGAGGAGGCUGCCUUGUAUGCCCCAAAGAUCAAUUGCGCAUUUACUCCGAGCAGCCCAAUCGGCUUCACGGCAAGUGGUAAGAGCCAGACGGAGUGUGGCGAGAUGUUUGGGAAGUCCUUCACAGGCAUCAGCACUCAGAAAGGCUGGAAGUGUGAUUGGGCUGUGGCCGAAGGAAGUGGCGGGAAGACGGUCAUCGCUUGGUGCCCUUUCAAGUACACCCUCGAUUCAACAGGCGAGGUGGUCUCCAGCACCAGCAUGCUCAAGUACGAGUUCGACGAUGAAGGAUUGAUCGUCGGGUACUUCCAGGAUUUUGAUACCGCCAGGUUUGCCAACGCUGCGCCUAGCGUGGUUCUCGCAGCCUCACCCGCGACCAGGCUCAUGCCGAUGCUGGCAGUGAGUGCAGUGCUAGGGAGUGCUGCUGUAGUCGUGGCACUGGUGAGGGUCCUGCAGCGCAAACCAGAGCCGCUCUUGAACGGCUAUGAGGGUCUUGCUGCAUAG